AUGGCAAGCUGGGUCGCGUUGAAUGUGGAGCCUGACGAGGGAACUGAAGAGGAGGUCGACGACACCAAGGAACUCCAGAUUGAAGAAGCUCUAAAGCUAUACCACAGUGCUCUGAAGCUCCACUCCCAAGGCCCGGAAUACUAUUCUCAAGCAGCAGAGGUAUAUGAGUCUUUGCUCAAUUCCGAGAUCUUCAAAUACCCCGAGUCCCUCUCCGAUUUCAAACGGCCUGAUCUACCAGAUGUGCAAACAGCUACCGCCACCGCCGACGACGCUACCGUUGCAGCAGAUGCAGUCGCAGAAUUCAAUGUCAAUGAUUCCACCUCCAGUCUUUUCCAGACUCUCUACCUUUCCUAUAAGAAUCACGGCAAAUACAUCCUCGAUUCGCUGCACGAGAGUCUACGAAGCACCCCCCAGGACGCUGAGACAGCGCAAGAUACCGCCCGAAAGACAGCGAAAGCAACGAAGGAGGCGGUACAAUCAUUUGCAGAGGCACUCGAGCGUGAUGAUACCGACCUGAAUUUGUGGAGACAGAGCGCUAGACUCGGUAGUGCUCUCCAAAGCUAUCGACUGAAUCGCUUUUGUCUCGAGAGCGUUUUGGCAGAUGACGACAAUCGCUUGGAAGUGCGAUCGACACAACUUGGUCUAGAGGAAACGUUUUCUGAAGAACGAUUGCGGAGUACCCUCCAGUCCCUUUUUGACGGACUGUCCGCGUCCCAGAUCCCAGUCAAGAAGCAGAAAAAGGCUCUCGAGAAAUAUCUUCGGCAACACUCCGAUCUAUAUUCGUAUCUACCUAAUCUGCCGACCGAGAUACAGUUCCUGGACCCCACCAAAGGUCCCCUCGCUCUAUCGACCUCGCGGCGGCAAAUAAGGCCGUCCGAGGCCACAUGGGAAGCUGUUGGUAAAGCGCUCCUCGAAGCGCUAGAUGACGAGGAGUAUGCUUCUAUUGCUGAUAGCCCAAGCAAAGCGAUCUGUAUUGAACUACCUCCAAAAAGUUCUGAUGCUCUCGAGUCUCUUGAAAUUGAGGAAAUGGAUAAAGUCUCCGAAGAGGACGCAGCAGGCCAGAGGGGCCAAAUAGGGAAUGACGAUGUGGAUAUGCUCAAAGAGGACGAAGAAGUCGACAAGACAGAGAAACCCGAAGAAGAGAAUGGAGAAGAUGAGCCAACUGAAGAACAGGCUUCAAUCGACCAAAGUGCUGAAAAACAGCUUAUGGAAUCAUUGGAGCGCCAAUCUGUUCAUCCGCCCGAAACUCAGGCCGCCGAUACCGAAGCAAACCCCGAUGAAGCGGAACCAAAAUCUCCAUCUGAUACGCGAAAGAGAGGGGGAAGAAUGAAAAGUCGACGAACACGAGCUCGAGAGUCUAAUGCCGACGCGUUGGCUCAACCCGAGGAAGUUGCUUUUGACCAUGAGAAGUACUAUGAAGAUCGUCUGGAGAUUUAUGUCAAUGCUGAUGACUGGAUGUUCAACACCCUCGGCUCCUUGUACUCCAGAGUUGGCAUUGAGGAUCUGGGAACAAUCAGCAGUCUUAGAGAAAAGGUUGCAGCUUUAAGUGAUUCCGACGAAGUCGUGCAGGAAACCGAGACACGGCUGAUUCAAGAUCUGCGUGGAAUCUUCAAGACUUGGAACGAUGAAAAGUCCCGUGUGAUGCAACAAAAAGAUGACCUUUCGUCAUUAAAGGAUAUCCGUGGCUCCAACAAGUCAGGGUUGUCCGUCUUCCUCGAGCACUCAAGGAGUGGUACUCGGAAGCCUGUGGUCCAGCGUGAGUUGGGCUCCGGAGAGGAGCUGUACCGGUUUUCAGAAACGGUCAACGGUAGCUGGUUGCACCCACAUCAGACGUUAUACGAGUGGCUCAGAUAUCUCCUCAUGCCAGAAUUUGGAAAUGAACUUUCUGGGUGGCCUGUUAUGAAGUCAGCAUACACCUCUUUCUUGUGGUCGAAGGACCUCAAAGAGACAACUGUGGAACUUCUCCUGCGCGAGGAUGAAUUUAUCUUCUCAUUGAUGAACGAACUCGUCGCGGAGACGGAACGGCGUGCUCUCGAGUCGAGUCCUGAAUCUCCUUUUGAGUAUCGGAAAACCAACUUCUCUGAACUUGAAAUGAUUCAGUCCACCUAUGAACUUCACUUGGAUAUAUUUGCCUCCGUUGAGAGCACUGGCAACGACGAGAGUCGAGGCAACCGACAAGCCCAGAAUGACCGCCUUGCCAGAUGGGGUAUCCUCGCCCGAUCAGCACUAGACCUCCUUCUGGACUACUGCCCGUCAGAACAAUGUCGCCAAAACCUGGCUCUUCGUCAUCUAUGGGCAUCGACAUUUCAUGUCAACCUUUCCGGCGAAGCUGAAAGAGAGCACAUCUUGCUUUGUCUCCAAGAUCUGAAGCACACACUUCUGGCCAUCGGUGACCCCUGCCUCACUCUUUUGAAUAAUCCUACUAUGUCUGAGUUGUCUGUUGCAACGGUCGAUCAGGAGGUCCUCAAGCUUAAGUGCAUGGAUUUCUUCGCCAAAGUUUUCAAUCCAGAGGAAGAAGACCCUGUAUCACUCAUCGAAGCUAUUGAGCCUAUCCUUGAACCUUCAUCCGUCGAGUGUGCAGAGGGGUCUCCAGAGGAGAACGGUGAGAGCGGCAUCUCCUCUAUUUCCAGUGAAAUGAGUGCGUUCCUAGACCGGGGCGAUGCCACAUUACGACUGUUCCUAUGGCGAAGGCUCCAAGAAGCGUACCAGGCUAUUGAUUAUCCACCGAAGAUUGUUUCAUGCUAUCUGCGGAGCAUCGAAAUUAUCAUGAAGGAGCUAGAGAACGCAAAACACCUGGGCGAGACAAGUGGGCAUCGGCAACUGAAGUUGCUUGGCUGGCUCAAGUCGCUGGAUGCAAUCAUGGGAAAGGCAAUCCCACUCGUUCUUCAGAAUGUUGAAAAAGCCUAUGAUUGUGUUGAUAUGGAGCACCUCCAAGCUUCUAUCUCAGCAGUUGCCCGUCUCACCAGACUGGUUCACACUUUCAUCUUGCAUGAGGAUUCAAUUCGUGUGGGCCAAAUAUCGGGUCUUGAACUUCGUGGGUCACUGGCCAAAUCCUUCGAAAAUUUCAAAGAAAGGAUGCGAGAGCUUUACGUACGCUGCUGGAUCUUACAGUAUACCCUGCUGGUAGAGGCAAUCUCUCAGAACAAAGACGUCUUCGAGGAACCUCUGGAGGACCGCAUUCACGUUCUUCGCUCUGUGCAUAAUGCACUAGGCGUUCGCUCCAUGUGCAGAUACUCUCAGAAGCGAUUCUUGAAACUUCUGAAAUCUGAAUUGUUGGACCUGGAGACGAAGGGUGAUUACGAAUUCGAUAUCUGCCAGGUUCUCCUGGAUCUUCACGGCAUCAAACUUUCGCCAUUUGAUGGAACGUCUGACCACGGAUGCUCACCCGAAAAAUUGGACCGGCCUACUGCUAUCAUGAUGAUCGACUUUGUCAUGAGACAAGCCCAAAACAUGAACAUGAAGGAUUUGUCAAAGUCUGACUUGAAGACCACUAUCGAAAAGAUGCAGCACACGAUUGUUCCAGCCAAAAUUUCGUCCUCGCCGCAAAUGUCUUUCAAUCGACGCAUCUUCCAUGGGUACAUCAAGGCGGCAGUCAACCCAUCUAUUCUCCUCCGCGCAGUCCAGGGAGUCUUGGAACUGUCAAUGUUGACCGUUCCGGGUGAGAAUGCUCAAAUUGCCGCCAAGGGAUGGUACUUCCUGCUUGGCCAUGCCGCAUUGACAAAGUUCCGGUCUCAGAAGCGCCUCAGCCCUGGCUCGACGACCGAACUUGACGAUGCGAUCAAUUUCUUCCGACUGGACAUUGAUCAUGGAUCCGGGCGAUGGGAGACCUGGUAUCGUCUGGCUCAGGCGUAUGAUACCAAGCUUGAGGAAGAGAUAACGUGGACAGCGGAUAAGAUCAACAACAAUCGCAGUGAUUUGGCAGCUACUCAGCGGUAUGCGAUCCAUUGUUAUGCAAUGGCUGUCUCCACGGCGAUGAGAAAUGCGGAGCCGACAAACGAGACCCGGGCGCUUCUAUCAGACCUGUACACUGAUUUCGGAAUCCGGAUGUACUCUUCGUCUCGUGGACCGCUCUCGAUGGGGGCUUUCAGUCUUUCGGACUUCUCUCGCCAUUUCAGCAGUGAAGAAAGCCAGCAGAUGUACAAAGGGCAACCUUUCAAGGAGAUGUCCUCAUACUCUGUCUGGAACUUCGCCAAGAACCUCCUCAAGAGAGGCCUCGUAGAAAAGCCAAAACGCUGGAUAACACAUUACUUCAUCGGCAAAUGCCUCUGGAAGAUGUUCAGCUGUGACGCUUCUAAGCGAACGACUUCCAAGCGGGUUGAAAUGCACGAUGUUCUAGACGCCUUUCACGAUGCUAUUUCGAGCCUUCCCAGGAGGAAGGAUUCCCGUGCAGACCCUAUCUUCGAGCCUCAUUUUAAGCUGGUGUCCAUUGUUCACAAACUCGUCCUCCGCGGAGACAUGAAUCCGACCGAGGCUAGCCAAGCCCUUCAAGUCACACCUUGGGCUCGCAAGGUGGAGGCACCUGAGAACAUCGAUGGGUGGAAGCCAUAUAUCCUGGAUGUCAUCCGCAAGUUCAAGAGCGCCGACAAGUCCAACUGGCACCAUAGGAUGAGCGCUAAGGCUGCCCACGUCAUCUAUGAUGACGAAAAGAAUGCAACGGCCGCCGCCGCGGCUAAGCAAGAGCUGUCACAAAUUUUCACCAAGACGCUUACGAUCCAGGUCUGGCGACCGGAAUUUGAACGUCCGGGAAGGCAUUUCGUGUAUACCACCCGUUACGUGUACUUCUUUGUAAGCCUACUGGAUCAGCUAGACGAUCGUGCAAGCUUAGAUCAGCUGCUGCGUCGCGUGAGAAAGAAGCAGGGGGAUUUCAUCGAUCACACGAAACUGUGGGAAGAUAUGUGCUUGACUUACGCCAAGAUGAUCCGCAGAGCCGCGGAUAUCAACGAGGGUCACGAAGAAGGUGUCUUCAAACCAAUCGGGUGGGAAGAGUUCUCCACCAAAACUGCCCGACUGGAGACCUUGGCGCAGCUAUCGCCAGAUAGUAUUCCUCUCCUGGAGCUGAUCCGCGACUCGCUGGAGUUGAAAAAGCUCAACAACAACUUGAUGAAAGUGACCAUGUUUGAAGAUCUCAUCGCAGACUUGUACGCUCGAGUCUACGAAUUAAACAUGCCCUUGCUCAUCGAGCAGGUCAAUGAGGAGAACAAAGAAAAGAUGAAAGUCGACCAUCUUCUCAUGACAGGCGAUGUUCACACGGAGACAUCUACACCGGUCAAUUCUCUUCCUGCUUCCGAUACCCCAGCUCCUCGAGGUAGGACAAAGGGAAUUGCUCGUCGUGAUGUUCAAAAGCGUGCCGACACCAUCGUCAAUCUCAAACUCGGCCCGCGAACGGCAGCGAACAAGUUCAACGCCGCGGCUGACACGGACCAGUCGACCCUGCAGGGCCCGAAUUCAUCAUUGGCACCCACUUCAGCCCCUUACGGAUCAGGGGAACAGACGUCUGUCGGGGGUGAUGGUGCUGGCGUGCAAAGGGGUGAUCAAAACGACUUGAAUGACACCGCAGACGAGAGUGAUCUCAGUGAACUGGAUGAGGGCAAGCUGAACAAGCUGACCUCCGAACAAAAAUCCCUCUUCUCCAAAAUCCAUCACGCCGAAGCAGGUGAUGUCGAAACUGAAACUGAAAAUGAUGGCGCCGACGAAGGCGAGGGGGAAGGUGAAGGAGAAGAUGAAGAGGGCGACGAGAACGAUGAAGGCGAAGAUGAGGAUGACCCUGCCGCCGCCGAAGCUGAGGCCGGUGACGACGAAGAGCAAGCAGACGAGGGAGACGAUGAAGAGAUGCAGGAUGAGGAUGAGGGUGGCCCAGAUGGGGAUGAAACCAAGCUUGAAGACGAUGACGAGCCUUCCGAGCUUGUGGAAAAUCAGGAUGAUUCCAUCCAAGAAAACAACGCCGAAGAGCCGGACCCUAUGGAUGUCACACUCUCGUGA